AAACAGAACCUGGUCCAUUUGUUUUGGUUUUUCUGUUUAUUUUUUGUUUUUUAUUUUCCUCACCGCAUUGUGUUUUAUUUCUUUACUUCAGAAAUGGGCCUACAGACCACAAGGUGGCCCAGCCCUGGGGCUUUUUUCCUGAAAUCUUGGCUUCUCAUUUCCCUGGGACUCUACUCACAGGUGUCGAGAACCCUGGCGUGCCCGAGUGUGUGCCGCUGUGACAGAAAUUUUGUCUACUGUAAUGAGCGAAGCUUGACCUCAGUGCCUCUUGGGAUCCCGGAGGGCGUAACCGUACUCUACCUCCACAACAACCAAAUUAAUAAUGCUGGAUUUCCUGCAGAACUGCACAACGUACAGUCAGUGCACACCGUCUACCUUUACGGCAACCAACUGGAUGAAUUCCCCAUGAACCUUCCCAAGAACGUCAGAGUUCUCCAUCUGCAGGAAAACAAUAUCCAGACCAUUUCACGGGCUGCCCUUGCCCAGCUCUUGAAGCUAGAAGAGCUACACCUGGAUGACAACUCUAUAUCCACAGUGGGGGUGGAAGAUGGGGCCUUCCGGGAGGCUGUUAGCCUCAAGUUGUUGUUUUUGUCCAAGAAUCAUUUGAGUAGUGUGCCUGUUGGCCUUCCUGUGGACUUGCAAGAGCUGAGAGUGGAUGAAAAUCGAAUUGCUGUCAUAUCAGACAUGGCCUUUCAGAACCUCACGAGUUUGGAACGUCUGAUUGUAGACGGGAAUCUCCUGACCAACAAGGGCAUUGCCGAGGGCACCUUCAGCCAUCUCACCAAGCUCAAGGAGUUUUCAAUCAUACGGAAUUCACUCUCCCGCCCCCCUCCUGAUCUCCCAGGUACGCAUCUGAUCAGGCUCUAUUUGCAGGACAACCAGAUAAACCACAUCCCGUUGACAGCCUUCUCAAAUCUCCGUAAGCUGGAACGGCUGGAUAUAUCCAACAACCAACUGCGAAUGUUGACUCAAGGGGUCUUUGACAACCUCUCCAACCUGAAGCAGCUCACUGCUCGGAAUAACCCUUGGUUUUGUGACUGCAGUAUUAAAUGGGUCACAGAAUGGCUCAAAUACAUCCCUUCAUCUCUCAACGUGCGGGGUUUUAUGUGCCAAGGUCCUGAGCAAGUCCGGGGGAUGGCUGUCAGGGAGUUGAAUAUGAAUCUUUUGUCAUGUCCCACCACAACCCCUGGCCUGCCUGUCUUUACCCCAGCCCCAAGUACAGUGUCUCCAACCACUGAGCUUCCCACGCUCUCUGUUCCAACACCUAGCAAAAGUGAUACACCUCUGACUCCUACCACAUCAAAACUUCCCACGAUACCCGACUGGGAUGGCAGAGAGAGAGUGACCCCACCAAUUUCUGAACGGAUUCAACUUUCCAUCCGUUUUGUGAAUGAUACUUCCAUUCAAGUCAGCUGGCUCUCUCUCUUUACUGUGAUGGCAUACAAACUCACUUGGGUGAAAAUGGGCCACAGUUUAGUAGGAGGCAUUGUUCAGGAACGCAUAGUCAGUGGUGAGAAGCAACAUCUGAGCCUGGUUAAUUUAGAGCCCAAAUCCACCUAUCGGAUUUGUUUAGUGCCACUGGAUGCUUUUAACUACCGAGCUGCAGAAGAUACCAUUUGUUCUGAGGCCACUACCCAUGCCUCCUAUUUGAACAACGGCAGCAACACCGCUUCCAGCCACGAGCAGACAACUUCCCACAGCAUGGGCUCCCCCUUUCUGCUGGCAGGCUUGAUUGGGGGUGCCGUAAUAUUUGUGCUCGUGGUCUUGCUCAGCAUCUUUUGCUGGCACAUGCACAAAAAGGGGCGCUACACCUCCCAGAAGUGGAAAUACAACCGGGGCCGACGGAAAGACGACUAUUGCGAGGCAGGCACCAAGAAGGACAACUCCAUCCUGGAGAUGACAGAAACCAGUUUUCAGAUCGUCUCCUUAAAUAACGAUCAGCUCCUUAAAGGAGAUUUCAGACUGCAACCCAUUUACACCCCAAACGGGGGAAUUAAUUACACAGACUGCCAUAUCCCCAACAACAUGCGAUACUGCAACAGCAGUGUGCCAGACCUGGAACACUGCCAUACGUGACAGCCAGAGGUUCGGCGUUCCCAAGGUGGACAG